AUGGAGUCGGUGAAGCAUGGAGCCGAGGUGGUCGUGGAUUUGACAAAAAUGCACUAUCAUAUGAUCAAUGAUAGACUGUCCCGCUACGAUCCUGCCGUCCUGGUGCUCGCAGUGUUCGGUGGAACACUAGUCUACACAAAAGUCGUUCAUUUGUAUCGUAAAUCUGAGGACCCGAUUUUGAAGCGUCUGAGCAGCUACGUCUUCUCUCUGCUGCGCAAAAUUCCAUCGGUUCGCGACAGAAUCGAAAAAGAGCUGUCGGCUGAGAAGCCGAAAUUGAUCGAAUCGAUUCAUAAGGAUGAUAAGGAUCGGCAAUUUAUUUCUACUCUCCCCAUCUCUCCUCUCUCCCAGGAAUCCAUUCUGGAAUUGGCUGAAAAAUACGAAAACUACAAUACAUUCAACAUUCAAGGCGGUCGAGUCUCAGGCGCAGUCUACACGAAUCGUCACGCUGAACAUGUCAAUUUAUUGGGGAAAAUCUAUGAAAAAUACGCAUUUUCCAACCCCCUCCACCCUGACGUCUUUCCCGGCGCCCGUAAAAUGGAGGCGGAGCUUAUUCGAAUGGUCUUAAAUUUGUAUAAUGGACCAGAGGAAUCAAGUGGAAGUGUGACUUCUGGAGGAACCGAAUCCAUCAUUAUGGCCUGUUUCUCGUACCGUAAUCGUGCCUAUUCGAUGGGAAUUGAGAAUCCGGUGAUUCUGGCGCCGAAAACCGCCCAUGCCGCAUUUGAUAAGGCCGCCCAUCUAUGUGGAAUGCGUUUGAGACAUGUGCCGGUGGAUGAGGAGAAUCGAGUGAAUUUGAAAGAAAUGGAGAGAUUAAUCGAUUCGAAUGUUUGUGUAUUGGUUGGAAGCGCACCAAAUUUCCCAUCUGGAACGGUGGAUCCCAUUCCCGAAAUUGCAAAGCUCGGUGAGAAAUACUCGAUCCCAGUGCACGUGGAUGCCUGCCUCGGCGGUUUCAUGAUCCCCUUCAUGAACGACGCCGGCUACCUUUUGCCGAUCUUUGAUUUCCGUAACCCAGGUGUCACUUCCAUCUCCUGUGACACCCAUAAAUACGGAUGCACCCCUAAAGGCUCCUCCAUCGUCAUGUACCGCUCCAAAGAGCUCCAUCACUUCCAGUACUUCUCUUGUCCGGAUUGGUGUGGUGGAAUCUAUGCGACACCGACGAUCGCUGGAUCUAGAGCUGGAGCGAAUACAGCUGUUGCAUGGGCGACACUUUUGUCGUUUGGAAGAGAUGAGUAUGUGAGAAGAUGUGCGCAAAUUGUGAAGCAUACUAGGGUGUUGGCUGAGAAGAUUCAGAAGAUUAAAUGGGUCAAGCCUUAUGGAAGUUCGGAUGUAUCGCUUGUGGCAUUCUCUGGCAAUGGAAUCAAUAUCUAUGAGGUGUCUGAUAGAAUGAUGAAGCUCGGAUGGAAUUUGAAUACUCUUCAGAAUCCAGCAGCAAUCCACAUCUGCCUUACUAUCAACCAGGCUAACGAGGAAGUCGUCAACGCAUUCGUCUCUGAUCUUCAGAAGACGUGCGAAGACGUCGCCGCUGCUGGAAACCAGAAACCCGACCACGGAAUGGCUGCGAUGUAUGGAAUGGCGGCGCAGGUGCCGAAAUCAGUGGUUGACGAAGUUAUCGCGCUCUACAUUGAUGCUACCUACUCAGCGCCACCGGUGGAGAAGAAAUAA